GCAACGAGUGGCUGCUCGAAUGGCUCGCCCAGCGGCUGAAGGAGGACGAGGGUGCCGCCGGAAGAGCCGCGCGCACGUCGACCGAGUGCUGGGACUUCCUGCUGGAACUGUUGCGCGCCGCCGAUCCACCGACCGUCGCCGGAACGCUGAAGAGACAUGGGAUCGUGCCGCUCGUGGCGAAGGUCAUGGAGGAGUUGCGGACGCGCGAGGAAUACGCUGCGCCCGGAGAGCUGCUGGAUAGAGUCGCGGAGGUGUUGACCGUGCUGAGAGGGAUUGCGAGCAGCGAGAGCUCGAUUGCGGCCGGGUUGAAGGCGUCGCCUGAGGUCGCCGCGGGUAUUCUCGGCGCCUUUUUGAGGGUGUGUAAGCAGAUGGUUGGUGCUGGCGAACAGGUGCAACGGAUGUGGGUUGAUGUGGUGGUCGAUUUGUGGAGGGGCAGUAUCUGGGGUAGUGCAAACGCGAAGAAGACGUCGGCGGUGUGGUCGGAGAAAUGCUUGGAGAUUUCGGCGACGCUGUUGGUGGCGCCCGAGAUUGACGAUUCGCUGAAGACGGUCCUGGAGAAUAUGCUCGCCGAAUACAUUUUUUCACCCGAGGUCUUAUUUCCUGUGGGCAAUGCCGGACAGAAGCAGGGCGCUGCUAGGGUGCCGUCCACGAAGGAUCUGAUUUCUCUACUUGGGCCUCUCAAGCAGCAGGAUGCGGCCAUGUCGGGAACACCGGAAGCCAUCAGCAUUCCCUAUCUACCGGUGUUGUUCCGCAUCGCGAUCGACGCGCAUUCGAGGAAGCGCACAAAGGCGGAUGCAGCAAUCGUCGAAGCGCUCUUCGUGGCGUUGUUGAGUGUAGUCGCCGGUGUUGAUCUCCAAUCAGAAGUUCUCGACGAAUCGGCAUCGAGCGGAGACAGCAUUGCCUCACUGCUGCAAAUCCUGAUCGAAACCGGGACUGCACUGUCGCCUUCUACCCUCUCACGCAUCGUUACCAAAUUCGCCAACCUCACCUCCUCAAACCCGGAAUUUAUGAGAUGGUCACUUGUCGAGACUGCUCUCGCGAUUGACUUUGACACCUUUCUCCACCCCGAUGUUGCUACUCUUACCACCCAGCUGUUCUCUGCGCUCUCGAAGGCAAGGUCGUCGCCGCAAACCGGUCGGGUACUUCGCCUGGUCGUGGACGGGUUCGUGAAGGCGCGCGAUGUGAUGGGUUUCGUGGCGCGCUGGUCCAAGCAACUAAAGUCCGGUGCGGAAGGCGAUAUCUGGCGGAGCGACGAGCUGGCCGGAAUCUUUGCGCCCAUAGUCGAAGACUCCCUUACCUCGCAGCAAGUGGUAAAAGCGGUUGGAAACCUCCGACAGGAAAAAUCAUGGAUCGUCCUGGACGCAAUUCUUCGUGGACUGCGGAGAGAGGAAACGGAAACACAGUUGCUCACGUCGGGCACUUUGGAGGAGGUCGUGGAGACCGCCCGGAAAGAUGGCAAGGACUGGAGGGCCUGGAGGCUGCUGGUCCGGAUCGGUGGUAUCAAACCGGAACUUUUGGUUCCGGCAAUCAAAGAUGCUACGGAGCUCGUCAGUGCCGGCAAGAGAUGGAAGGAAGCUGUUUUCGCAUCCGAGGUCUUGAUGCGGGUGGCGGAAGAUACUCCGGAGGGCGCCGCCAUGGAGGGCGCGCAGGUCGUUCUGCAUGCUGUCGCGAAGAGCUUGGGCCGAUUCAAGUCGUGGGAUAGAAGUAUUGCUAGCGUGGACAAGACGAACUUUGGUCAUGUUGUGGCUACAGCUGUUAUCGGCGGUCAUCUUGCGAUCCUGGAGAAGGUCGAUACUACUCACAGAAGGGAGUUUGUGGAUAGUCUCCUGGGUGCGGCGUUAGAUGGGGGAGCUGCCAGUGGCCCUCUUGAUGCUGCACAACUCUGCCAGGCACUCCUCGGAAGGCCGGAAUUCUACGAGCAUCCUGCCGUCAAGGAGGCUAUGCUGUCCGCUCUCGUGACGAGACUUCCAUUUGAGGAAGACAUGGCGAAAUCUGCUGCGGAUCUCCCGACAUUGUCCCCUAAGAAUAGAGAUCAAUACAGCUUUUUCGUCUCCUUACUCGAACUGUUUCCACUAGAGGCCAUCAAGCGCACAACGAGGGAAAGGAUUCUGGACACAUGUCUGCUUCUAGAUAUCGUUGGAUUCUCGCGCGUCCGGCCGCUCAUGCAGCGGCUUUGGAAGGUUGGCAAUGCGGGAUCGUUCAUGGCCACCGACUGCCAGGUAAUCAAGAUGUUGUUCACAAACCCCGGGGCGGCGGAUAUCUUCCGCCGAGUCCUCAGUCACGCAUUCAUCAACCGCGACCAGGAGAAGACUAAGGAAUACCUCACGUCUCUCAUCCGGAUGAACUACUCGCUCGUUAAGGGUGCUAGAAAGGGUGAUGGCCUCAGUGCGGGAGAGCUGGAGAUGAGCUGGGUUGUUAUCACGGAGCUCUGGAAAUUCAGGAGCGAGGCGGCAAUCAACUCUGGAGAUCUGGAAAAAACGAGAAAGUGGUUCCUGGAACUUUUGGCAAAAACUGUCGGCUCCAAGAAACGUGUUGAUGCCACCGCAUUGAAAUACUGGAGACAGGUUUGGGAGUUGGAGAGGGACGACAGAGACGCCGCCCUUGAGAUCGCUGCUCGGGUUGCUGGAAGGGUCACCAAAGUGUGGGGCUAUGAGGUGCCAGAUGCUGAUAUUGUCGUUGAGACCAUUGGUGUCGUUUCUACAGUGGCCGAGAGCGUGGAGGACAUGAUGAAUGUUACCGCCUUCUCGGUGGUGUCUUCUCAAGUGCUGAAAAGAGAGAGAGACGCGGAUCUCUUAAGGCAUUACAAGUGUGCGGUAGAUCGGCUGGAUAUUACUACUCACCGGGACGUUUCUCGGAGAGUUGUGGAUGCUUGCUUCUCUGAUGAAAUUGGCGGCGACUUUAUCUGGGAGCUAUUCAAGAUUCUGAUUAAUGCUAUCAAGAAACCCGAAACCCCAGAGGAGCUCUCAGCCUCCAUUGACGUUUUCUCAGCUGCACACUCAAGACUCCUCAUUUCACUUCCCUCCUCGCUCUCGCCAUCCGCAUUCAUCCUCAACGCCCACUGCAUCAACACCCUCCUCCGAUUGCAUCCUUGGGCAAUCAUUCAACACAACGUCGACGCCACAAUCUCAUCCCUCACCAUUGCCGCAUCCGCGCAUGGGCCAUCUCUCACCGCGACAGACACAGAUACCCUUUACGCCUCAUUAACCUCCAUUCUCUCAACGAUCCUCUCUCUACACCGCCACCGCAUUCGCGGCCGCUAUCACCUAGUUGUAGCGCUCCUCCAGACACUCCUGACAGUCCUCUUCACGCCCAAGCUCUCGCGCAGAAAAACAGAGCGCGCGCUACACCCUCCAUGGCUACUCUCUACCACCGCUACCCCACUAACCUUACACUCUGCACGCGUCUUCGCACGUGUCCUGCAGGCGUUCUGCGACCCACCAGUGUCCACCGUGCGCUCGCACAACAGCGAGCUGACGGACAGCGAGCGGAGUAAGGAGAGGAAGAUGGUCGGGAACGUGGUUGGGCCCGUACUGGAAACGUUUAUCAAGCGGGUGCUUGAGGAACGGGUUGAUGCUGCCGUCAGACGGGAAAUCAAUGUGGGCGUCGAUAAAAUGUUGGAGGUUCUGGGGCGUGAGGGGAUGAGAAGAGUCACGGGACGGAUGAAUGCCGAGGGCAGAGCUGUCGUUAGAGCGCUGUGGGUCGAGUUUGGUAGGGGACGCGGUGAAAGGGUGUAAUCUUGCUGCAAAAGUUUGGGCUUUAUUUAGAAGGCGUAAUUGGAAGUUUUUGGUUUG